CUCGAUAAAUAUUGGCCGCGUUUAUACCGAGUAGUGGAGUGUACAAGUAAAAUGUUCAUUCGUGUGGAAAUGAAAAAUGGAAAACUUAUAGGUAUGCAAAUUGUGGGAGGCGUCCGAGGGAACUGGGUUACUAUGUUCUUAUUAUUGUGUAAUACUACAGAGGGUGUUAUUUUCAGCCGCUACUAAGUUCUAUUUGACCUUUAAGGAAAAAUGCGUGGGAAACUCGCCAACUUGUGUCAAUGCUGUGUGAAAGUUUAGCUUGCUCUUUAUAAAACAUAUUCAUACUUAUGACUUGUUUAAAAAUUGACAUGACUAAUAUCAUGAUGCAUGAUUUCUUUUGCAGCAAUAAUAUCGUUUGAGGGUACGUUUCGUGUAACUAGAGGAGACGUUUACGGCGGUGUGCCAGGCAGUCCGUCGUACAGAGAGCGGGCGCGACGCUACAGCGUAGCACUUCGCCAAGUGUACGCCGCACCUUCACCGCUACGACAAGCCUUCACGGGCGCAAUAGUUACCGGAUUCGGUGACCGAAGACUAGACGUACACUUCAGAUUGUAUCUGGAUAGAAGAAAAAUACCAAGUUCUGUUUCAAACAUCGAAGAAACUCUUAAGAACAUUUUAAUUCAAGACUUGAAUUCUAAACAUCCCGCAAUUGGACAAAGUAUAAAAGUUGAUACAUCAAGCAUAGUGAUUAAAAGAGAUCUAGAACAUACUUAUCAUUCAGAAUCUUAUGUGAAAGAAGCUAUGAAUGAGAGCAUGGCUAUGAGUAAUCCAAAAGGUUCACCACCACCGACUGGUAUUGAUAAAAGCCUUCAGACAAGGGUAGGUGUUGUACGUAAAACCACAGUAAAACCCAAUCAGAAAAAAGAUCCUGAUGAACCAGACAUAGACACCGAAAACAUUCCAGUAGUGCAAGGCUCAUUUCAAAUCACCAAGACUGAGGCAGAUAUAACAGAAAAUAAAAAGUUAAGUUCUAGUCCCACGCGUCAUGAUGACAAAGGAAGUCACAAGCCGGUUGCUGCCAAAACUACUACCACAACCAAGGCACCCUCAACUAGAACAACUGCAAGGCCUACAACUACGAAGAGAGUUCCUACAAGUACACCAAAGACCCGGCCAUUCACUAUAACAUCUACUCUAAAUGUUAAAACUAGAACCGAACCUACUCCGAAAAAAGGCACUGAAAGAACUACACGGGCUCCUAUUACAUCCUCUACAACUUCCACUUCAACAACAACUGUAACUUCGACAACAGUUCAAACUAGUUCCACCACCAGUAACGUGUCCCAAAUUUUACUCGAUCUACUAACCAAUGAAAAUCAUUAUAAAGAUUUGCCCAAAAUCGACACAUUAUUUACUGUGCCACAUGUCAUUGACAAUGAACCAUGGCGCCCUAUAACCCAACCUUACUAUGAAAGGACUAGCAAACCUUCGAUUCCUAUUGAAAUCACAAGUGAUCUAAAUGCUGAAGACAGAAUGGGAGUCGCAGAAGUAGUAGACGAUGUUUCAAUAUUGGAAAGCAUACUGACCCCGAUACCACCACUGAAACACAGAGAUAAAACGACAAUAAGACCUAUUGGUUUACAUAACAUAGAUCCCAAUUUAGCAGCUGAAGUUUAUGUACCUAGCCCAGUAUACACAAGCUUUACCCUUCCAACUUACGCCCCUCCCCUUAAGAAUAUGGAAACAUUAGGGUCUAAUUAUCCAAAACCUCAUCCUAUUCCUGUAGAUAAAAUUAGUGGCGUAGUUGAAGCUGUGGACGACAUCGAUUUUAGUGAUGAAGACGACGGAAAGCCAGUGGAACGUCCACCCAAAGAGAAGCAAACAAGUGUUAGUAUAAAUAUUCUUCAGACCGAUAACACAGAUAAUGAUACCCAACAAUUUUCGAUUGAAGGUGCAUCAAUACUAAAGAAACACAAUACAACUACGUCAACAAGUAGCACAUCAACAUCCACAACAACUAGUACUAGCACUUCUAUCACUACUAGCGCUCCCAGCAAACCAACAACAACCAGUACCAUUACAACAAGUGACAGUACUCCAACAACAACCAGUGCUAAAGUACCAACCAGCAGUACCGUAUCUACAACUCCAGAGUUAGAAAUUGUAAAUACAACUUAUAAACCGAUGGAACAGACACAGAAUAAUACUACAAAAGAAAAUUCAACGAGACGACCAAAUAACAAAGUAUCUAUCAUACCCAGCACGGGGGCCCCACAUCUUACUUGGGAACUAGUAAACACUUCAACCAACGACAAUGACAGUUUUAGCAAAAAUUCUCCAGAAAAAUAUUAUAACGAUACUUUACAGGCAAUUAUAACUAAGAAUGACGACGUCUUUCCUAAUACAACCCCGAAGUUUCCGGGAAAGGUGUCUUUAUUUCGUAACUUAACAGAGAUCAUCAAAAAAUAUUCCCAAAGUGGACCACCGACGCCCAAACCUGAAGAAAGUGUAAAUGACAUGGAUGUAGAAGAACGACAUAAUUUAAACAAAGGAAUUGUAGAAGUUGUUCCAGAUGAUGAACUAGAAAUUACGACAGCAGGAGUUAUAACCCUGUUACCUGCCAAGUCUAAUUUAGGUAUGAAUCGUCCACUUAGACCCCGGCCUAAAAUAAAAAUUGAAAAUCAACCGAUGAAAGAAAAUUUACGCAGUUUUUUUCGUAACGACCCCGAAACACAAAAGAUAAUUGAUAAUCUCAGCACUGAAAAUUAUUAUCAAAGUCAUGAAUCUAAUCAAGGUGCAGUUGAGAGUACAGCUAAUAUCGCAGAUUCUCAACAACAAAAACAACCAAAAUUUCCAACAGUUCCUGAAAUCAUACAAGCGGCUGCACCAGGUUUGCUCCAAUCGAAUAGCAGAUUUCCAAAAUCUAGCGAUGACUUAAAUUUUUCAAGUGAAAAUAAUGAAGCAUUUGAUAAUACCGAAAAAUCAAAUACCACUAAUGUCCCCGAAGGAACUUACAGGGUAUCUUACCAUGUUACUGGUACUGUAAGUAGUAAAAGAGCAAACAAAACUCAGACACUUCCUGCAUACGAACUGGCUUUAGAACCAGACGUUGUUUUAGAAAUACCAAUAAAUCAAACAAAUACUUUGACGAUUGAUAAGUUAAAGCAACUUGCAAGCCUAGCUACGAUAUCAGAUUCAAAUAAUAACACUUUAUUUCGAGCGCCAGGCGGCGUAAUCUCAACAAAAGCAAUCCCAUCCAGUUACACGUUAAACCAAGCGGGAUUUAAAAUUCUGACUAAAACAUACAAUAAGAAUCAGCCAUCGAAGCAAGAAGGGAACACUUUUGAUAUUCCAGAAAAAUCCUACAAUAAGCCUCAUGCACCCAAACCAAAUAAAGAGAAGGACGUCAGCAACUUUAUAAAAGAAAUUAUCAAAGAAGUGGAAUGCAACAAUGCUACAUCUUUUCAAUGUCCAAGCGGUUUAUGUUUGCCAUUGACGUCACGCUGCAACCGUUUACUUGACUGUCCGGGUGGCGAAGACGAACGUUCGUGCACUUGCGCAGACUACCUGCGUGCAGAUUUCUCCCAAUCCAAGAUAUGUGACGGCAUCGUGGACUGUUGGGACUAUUCUGAUGAGAAUAAAUGUGACUGGUGUAAGGAAGGUCAGUAUGUCUGUGCAAAUGCUCGUCAAUGCUUGGACAUGGGCAAAGUGUGUGACGGUACGCCCGAUUGUCCACUCGGGGAUGACGAGAAAAGCUGCGUGGCGCUGGCAGAACAACUGGAGAAUAAUGAAGUGGUUCCAUAUAAUGAAGAAGGUUACGUGAUGGUACGCAAGCGAGGAGUUUGGGGUCGGCUGUGUGUGGAGAGCUUUGCAGACGUUGUGGAGCAGGCUCACAGCUCCUUGAAACUGCCGGACUUAGGCAGAGCAGUGUGCAGAGCAAUGACCUUCCAAGAUGCUGGCUGGGCACGUGAAGCUCGAGAGGGUCGUAAGACUAGCACCGCAGGCUACUGGGAGGUGUGGCAUAACGCGGCAGCACGGGCACAUGACACCCGCCUCUCUUUCCGACGUGCGACGUGCAACAAAAAACGAGCACUAAGAGUCCGAUGCACUGGACUCGACUGUGGGAUACGACCACACGCUGACGCCCAACAGCCCAGGGUGGUGGGCGGCGACGGCGCGGCGGCUGGUGCGUGGCCCUGGCAGGCUGCGCUCUACCGGGACGGAGACUUCCAGUGCGGGGGCACGCUCGUGCAUGCGCAGUGGUUGCUGUCCGCCAGCCAUUGCUUUUACCAAGCCACAGAAGCACACUGGGUUGCCCGAUUAGGUGCCUUACGGAGAGGUGCGUGGCCGCGAGGACCAUGGGAGCAAGUAUCACGUGUGCGUCAAGUAGUACUGCACCCUAAGUAUGCACCGCGUGGAUUCCGCAAUGAUAUAGCACUGUUGCGAGUGGACCCUGUGUCGUUGCACGCUCGUCUGCGCCCCGCCUGCCUGCCGCCACCAAGGGCACAGCCCCCAGCCGGACAUCACUGCACUGUCGUCGGCUGGGGUCAACUAUAUGAACAUGAACGUGUUUUCCCGGAUACAUUGCAAGAAGUGGAGCUGCCAGUAAUAUCGACAGCGGAGUGCCGGCGGCGCACGCGCCUGCUGCCGCUGUACCGCGUCACGGACGACAUGUUCUGCGCGGGGUACGAGCGUGGCGGUCGGGACGCUUGUCUUGGAGACUCUGGAGGACCGCUUAUGUGUCAGGAAUCCGACAAAUGGUACGUUUAUGGAGUGACAAGUAACGGGUAUGGGUGCGCACGGGCCAACCGUCCUGGCGUGUACACAAAGGUGUCCCACUACAUCGACUGGAUAGACAGCGUGUUAGCGGCCCACACACUGCCGACCAAUGAAACCAGUGACUCUGCCGAGAACCAAUCCGACGAAGACUUCUACGCUGACCUCGAGGUCGCGGAGAACAGACGAGCUAGUAGGAAAGACACCUGUAAGGGAUUCAGAUGUCCACUCGGGGAAUGCUUACCGGCCACCAGCGUCUGCAACGGGUUUCUAGAAUGUUCCGACGGCAGCGACGAGUGGCAGUGCAGUAGAGUCUCACCAAAUAAUUCCAGCAUAGACCCCGACUAACAGCAUUUAUACAGGUUUAAUUACUUUAUAAGCCAGUACUUAGGCAGUACAUAGAGUAAAACUUCGAAAUUCGACUGAUACUUUGUAAGAUAUCUCUUAAGUUAUGAAAUCUCUGCGACGACAGAGACAAUAUUUCAUUAGCUGUAAUAAAUAUAAUUUUCCUUAAAAUUGACAUAAUGCUAGACGAUUGCUACGCCAUAAUUAUUAUGUAAUGUUAUUUGGGUUCGUUUGUAAUUUUGUAAAUAUAGAUGUAAUGUAUGUGCCCAAACUGUUUACCACUGCACGAUUACUGCUAAAUUGAAUUACUUAUUUAUUGAAAACAUG